CUACGGGACAUCACAAAGUUUUAGCAAAACUUGAUAAUCUUCCUAAUGAUGUUACGCAACUUUAUUUAAUCUUGAGUUCAUGGAAGUCUCCAAAAAUUAGUCAUUUUCGGAAACCAAGCUUUAAAUUAUAUGAUGAAAUGAAUCCUUAUAAACAAUUGUGUAAGUACAACUUACAUGAAGCUGGCAAUUCACAAGCCGUUAUAAUGUGUCUUAUUAAUAGAUCACAUAAUGGCAAUUGGAAUGUAAUUGAAGUAGGCAAGUUAUCCAAUGGGAAUGCUAAAGACUAUGGACCAAUUAUAAGCAAUAUAA